GCCCAUGGUGGAGACUUACUGAUGAUUUUUUGGUACAUCACAAAUUUUGUGUCUCGGGUUUUAAUAUUAUUUAAAAAAAAUAAAGAGGGGAGGCGAGAGGAGGGGAGGGGAGGGAAGAACAUCCUACAUGACCUUUGCCUAACUCUAUUAGUUUUAGAUGUGAUGCUAAUUACAACUGUUUCAGUGAUGGAGACAGCAUAUCUGCAUUCAAAGAAAACAAUAUAAUACAAAGUUUUGCAUUAAUAAAAUGAGAAUUUUUAUGCUUCAUUUCUUGAAUGGAUAAGCAAGAUCCCUCCACAAGUCUAGCAAUUACAUUGUGAGGGUCCAAAAAUCCUCCAAUGGAACCAACAAAGACAGAAGAGUGUCCCUCUGAGACCUCAAGUGGUGUCUCAGAACCAGAGGCCGCUCCAUGUUCAGGUACCUGUCCGCAGAAUCCACAAGAUGAAAACAAAGAAGAUAGAGAAAAAGGGAGGACAAAGCUUGAUCACUUUGAUCAAUUGUUCCCGAGCAAGGACUAUCCAGAACUCAACCUUAUAGAUUGCUUGAACAUGGUUUCAUCUCAAACUUCAUCGGAGAUGGCCCAAGUGACCGACGCCGAACCACGAGUUUUCUCAUGCAACUAUUGCCAGAGAAAGUUUUACAGUUCACAAGCACUGGGAGGACACCAGAAUGCUCACAAGAGGGAGAGGACACUGUUCAAAAGAGGACAGAGACAAGGGGCAGCACAGAUGGUAGCCACAUCUCCAUCUGCUGUCUUUGGUGUGCACCAGUACCCGUACUUGCACCCCCAAAACCACCAUUACUCUAGCUUGGCCUCUCUACCUCUACAUGGUGCAUUUCAUAAUAGAUCUCUUGGAAUCCAGGUGCACUCAGUUAUCCAUAAGCCUUCCCAUGCACCAUCCAUUUCCUUUUCUGGGUAUGCAAACAUUUAUGAACAAUAUCGAGACUGCCCGAGACGCACCAUCAAACGCCAGCCAGCAAUUGGAAAGCUUGCACUCGACGAGUAUCAUUAUGUUGCAGCAGCGCCUGCAGGACAAUUAUCACAAAGCAGCAUUGGGAAAUUUGACACAGCGAGGACAACGGCGGUAGCUCCUAUGACUGACAGAGGACUUAGUACUGAAUACUGUUGUUCAGGUGCUGGUCGUUUGAAGAGUAACCAGGAGGACCUGCAGAAGCUUGACUUGUCCCUCAAACUCUAAGCUUACCCCUUGGAGAAACCAUUGGAUUUCUCUCUUGCUCAUAUUUUGUUAAGUAUGUUUUCAGAAGAAUAUUGUAUAAAUUUGACUAUAGAGAAGUUCUAUUUUUUUCCCUUUUUUUGUUGAAUUAUGGAAGUUCAAUUCGUGA